CAAAAAUGGGAUCAACUUGUUGCCACACCAAAUUCUAAAGUUCCACAUACGGUAAGAUGAUGAAGUUAUCGAUAGCAGAAUUGUGCUUGGAAUAAGGAUCAAGUGCACUAGUACUACAGAAAUAGAGUGUUUCAUAAUAAGAGUAAAGUCAGAUGGUAGCACCUCUUCCACUUCCGCUGCUGGGAAAGGAAUCUCAAACAACCACAAAACUAGAAGCUAUGAAACAAUAGAUUCAAAUCUUAUAAUUAGAGUCUAUCAAACCUGGAAGUGACCUAAUGGAGGAGUAAGUAAAUACACCAAAUGGUGAAAUUAAUCUUAGCAGAAAUAUUUCAAUUGAAAGUGAAUAACUAAAUAUUAAUAAUAAGGAAAUUCGAAGCCCAAAUCAAUAAGAAACUAACUUACUACAAUUAAGUCCAAUUUAACUAGACUCCGCUAUGAAUUUACCCUAACAAUCUCCAUCUCCUUUAAAAAAAAAUGGUUAAAGAAAGGAAUCCUUGACUGUAGAAUAAUACAACAAUACAACUUUCACUUCGCCCAGGAUCAGAACAACAAAUAGAUAAAUUUAAGAUCAGAGUGCUAGUCCCACCAAAAAAUCAAUAGGCUCGAUGAGUUCCUUAACUGUUCGAAUGGGUGUUGAACUAUUUGUAAACCUAAAGAAAGCCUCAAUAAAUAAGGUUUACACAUUUGGAUAAGUGCUUGGAUAAGGAGCUUUCGGAAAAGUAUGGAAAGUAACACAUAAAACAACUGGUAAAUUAAUAUAAUUUAAAAUAGGUUUGAUAAGAGCUAUGAAACAGAUAAAGAAAUCAGAAUUAAUUAAAGAGGAUGAAUAAAAAUUGUUUCAAGAGAUGCAUAUAUUAAAGAAUCUUGAUCAUCCUCACAUUGUCAAAUUAUAUGAAUUGUAUCAAGACCAAAAUAAUUAUUAUAUGAUAACUGAACACUUAUCUGGAGGUGAAUUAUUUGAAAGAAUCAAGAAAAUGUAAGUCUUUACAGAAAAAAGAGCAAGUGAAUUAAUUCGUUAAAUCUUACUUGCUAUUAACUAUUGUCAUGACUAAAAAAUUGUUCACAGAGACUUAAAACCAGAGAAUGUUCUUUUCUCAGGUCCUGAACCUGAUCAAAAUCUUAAAAUAAUUGAUUUCGGAUGUUCUCGUAGGUUUAAUACUUCAAAAAUGACCAAAAGAUUGGGCACUGUAUAAUUUCUAACCUCUAUUAUAGCCUUAUUAUAUUGCACCUGAAGUUUUAGGACACAAUUAUACAGAAAAAUGCGAUAUUUGGUCUUGUGGAGUAAUUCUAUAUAUUCUGUUAUGUGGUUAUCCUCCAUUUACAGGAAAGACUGAAUAAGAAAUCUUCGAAAAAGUGAAGUUGGGUAGAUUGAAGUUCCCAAGUACUUUUCAAUUAAUAAUUUAGAUGAGGAAUGGGAAUUCGUUUCAAAAGAGGCUAAACAUUUAAUUUAGAAGAUGAUACAAGUGGAUGUCAAUCUAAGAUAUUCUGCAGCCUAAGCUUUGAAUGAUCCAUGGUUCUAAAAACAUGCCACUAAUCAACCUAUUAAUAAAAAAGUGUUAGAUAAUUUAUCUUAAUUCCAAGCAACCAGUGAAUUCAGAACAGCUAUUGUUCAAUAUAUAAUAUCUUAAAUGACGAAUCAUAAAGAGAUUGAAGAUUUAUAGCAUACUUUCCAAUCUUUGGAUGUAAAUAGAGAUGGUGUUCUGAGUAAAGAGGAAUUAAUUCAAGGUUAUAAGAGAAUUAUGAAAAAUUAAGAGUAAGCCGAAUAAUAAGCGGAAAGAAUUUUAGAAGAGAUAGAUAAAAAUUUUUCAGGCUAAAUUGAUUAUAGUGGUACUAUGUCGGAUUAUACAUAGAAUUUAUCAUGGCCUCAAUUAAUCAAUCGAAAAUCCUUUCGUAAAAGAAGAUUGAAUAAGCAUUUCGCAUAUUUGAUCUGGAUGGGGAUGGGUAUAUUACAAAGUAAGAAGUCGAAGAUGUGAUGGGAACAUUGAACUAAGAUGUUUGGCAAUUAUUCUUAUAGGAAACUGAUCAUAAUUAAGACGGAAAGAUUUCGUACUAAGAAUUUCUAAAACUAUUCUCAAAAUGAAAAGUUUGUAUUAAAGCUAAAAUGAUAUUAUUUUAUAA